GUCACAUAUUCAAGAUGGAGGUUGCCGAAUAUUUUCUUUCCGAAAAACAGUAUAAAAUCAGUUAUAUAUAGAAGUUAUGAUUACUUUACGCUGAUUUGAAACAUUCACUAUCACAAACAUCAUUUCUGCAAAAUAUUUAGGUCUAAGAUGAGUUGGUGGGACACAUCAGGGAUUCAGAAACUUGCCAAUCAGGCACUGCAGCAGGCGCAAUCCAAGAUAGACAAGGUAUUAGACAUUCAAAAUGAAGGGGAGUCGGCUACAAGUGGAGUAUCUACAGAAGGGGAUCCCUUUAUGUCCAGUGUUCCAGUUGAAUCCAAAUCUCAAAGUAAGGAAGACAAGAAAGCUGAAGGAGACUUCUGGGGAUCAUGGGGGGUGGAGACAAGCGGCAAUCAAGAAACUGACAGCGUUGCUUCAUCUUGGUCAAAAUUCACAUCAAAAAAGAAAGAAACACAGAAUGCAAGGUUGUCAAAAGCAACAAUAAAGACAGCUUCAGUUUCUUCCUCAGAAAGAGCUACUGCUAGUAAAAAUCUACCUAGAUUGAAUAUAGCAAAACAUGGACAUAUUGAAAAAGAUACUUCUUCAAUUGAUAAAGAUGUUGGUUUGACAUCCACCAUUGUGAAGCCAUCUUCAGCUGGAGAACCUUCAAAAACAGAGCCAUCCAUUCCAUCAAGUUCACCUACUAAGAAAACUGGACCCUUGAAACUUGGCAAAAAAUUAAGCAAAACAAAAUCAACAGAAAGGUUGUCUCAAAGGAAACCCGAAAUAGUUUCACCAAGAAAUGAUCCUGAUAUUGACCAAACACCUUUGGUUAAAGCAAGUGAUGGAGGCCAUGACGCAUUGAGCAAGGCUAAAGUGGACAAUGCUGCAGUACCAGUAGUAGCAACAGUUAAAGAGAUGUGCCAGGAAACUUCUCCAGACAGUAUUAUAAAUGAUGAUCAAAAAUCAGAUUUUUCAGAAGAAAAAGGAGUUACAAAAAUUCUAUCAAAAACUGACAGCAGUUCAAAUGAGACUGGUUCCUCCAAUGUGACUUCAAAAAUCCCUGAUGAGUCAACUGGUCCAUCAUCUCAUGAGGAAGGUCUGAAUGAACCAGCUGUUGAUGUUAAUAGAGCUACUGCAGAUGUUCCUGAAGAAAGUAAGGGAGAUAGUCAGUUGGUUGGACAAAAGACAGAGGAAUCGCCAGAGGAAGAUAGUAUAAAGGAAGAACCCUGUGAUAGUAACAUUAUACACAUAAGCAGCACAUCUGAAAAAACCAUGGUGCAUAAUAAGUUUAAUUCGGGUGCAAUUGAAAAUCAAGAUGGUGAGUUACAUUUACAUCAUGAUUCAGGAAGUCUUCCAAGCAACAUUAAUGAUAAUGACAAUGAAAAGACUAUCACAAAAGAAGAACUUGAUAAAAAUCUUCUUGAAAGUAAUGAAUUGUGCAACAAGGAUGUUGAAGUAGAUGUAGAUGAAAAUUUAGAAGCAUGUGAACCUAAUGUAGACAAUCUAGAAUAUGAUGUAGAAAAAUACAACACUAAUGUCAGUGUAUGUGAUCCUAAUGAAGAUAUAGGAGAAAGAAAUAUUGAUGUAGAAGGAAAAAGAAAUAUUGAUGUACAAGACAUUAUGAUUCAAGAUGAUGAAAACCCUGCAGUAAAGAAAAGUGAAACUGAUAUUGAAGUACACAACACGAGUAUAGACUUAGUUGAAAGUCUCCUUGUUGAACCAGACAAUUCCCAGUUAGCAAGUAGUUCAUCUGAAAGUGCUAUGAGUGACCAAGCCAGUGAUACAAAAACUAUAUCAGAUGAAAAAGACAAUGAAAGUGAUUCAAAAACUGAAACUGAUACUAGUACAAUCACUAUAGAAGGUGACACAGGUGGAAGUGAUUCCCUUGAGACAUCAAAGGAUCAUAUUAAUGUUUCUCCAUGUGAUGACACAAUAGCUGACAUUCCUGAGCAGUCUAAACCGAUGCAUGAACAACUAAAUGUUGAAAUACCCCAGCAAAGACAUGGUCCAGAUACUAGUGGGCACAAGUCCGAUGAGUCUGAUUCCCCAACACCUCAUUCUGAACAUACAAGUAGUGACUCUGAGGCCAAACAGCGCAAGAGGGCAGAUAGUCUCACAUCAACAUCAAGUAGUGGAAGUUCAUUUGUGCGCUGUGAAAUAGCUGAGGCCAUGACUGAGAGUGCUGCUACUCAACAAGGGGAGGAUGUUCAGUCUGGGCACUCCAGUGGAAGUGAAAAGUCUGACCUUGUGAAGAUAGGUGGCUCUGAGGUGACUAGUGGGCACACCUCUGGUGAUGAGGUGGACACAACCACCAGCUCUGAUAUAGAGAUUAUCUCAACUCCAACUUCUAAUGGAGAAUAUCGGAUGGAAAGACCAUUUGACUUGUCUCCCCUGAGACAUGCAUUCAGUCAGCACAGUGGACGGGGCAGAGAACUUGGCCACAAUAGAUCUGACAGUAACUCCAGUGCACAGAGCCGUAAGAGUGAACAGGGGAGUCCUGAGCCCCCCAAGCUGGAUGCAAGGCAGUCCCUCAGGGAGGGAGAGCAACUCGCCUCUAAGCUUAUCAAACCUGAAGUUAAAGACACAAGGGAGGAUACUAAUCCUCUUCAGACAGAGAAGUUGCUAAAGUUUGAAGAUCCAAGUGAUGACCCUGCCAUUCUGUUACAGAAGUUGGCUAGCAUGGCAGAGGUGCUUGAUGCCAGGGAGAAAAAGUUGUUAGAGUUGAGCAAGGAAAACAUUGACCUCCAGGAGACAUCUGCUGUUUUACGCAGUCAGCUGCAACAGUCAGAGGAAGCCAGGGAGAUGGAAAUGGCAGACCUGAAUGAGAUCACGGAGGAGUUCACUCAGAGGAUCAGUGAUUCAGAGAAAAAACUACAAGCUACAUGUCGAGAGAGGGACAACAUGAAGAAACAACUUCAGUCAAUGCAAGGAGAACUGUCUAGUAGCAAGCAGACUGAGAGUCUAAUGCUAGAGAAGGAUCAGCAGAUAUCUGAGCUGUUGGAGGAGGGAGAGAAACUUUCCAAGCAGCAGCUACAAAGCAACAACAUAAUUAAGAAACUACGUUCAAAGGAAAAGGAAACAGAUUCACUUGUUAAAUCCCAAAAGCAAAAAUUGGAUGAACAGAAAACUGAAAUUGAGCGUCUUCAUAAGGUUUUGGAUUCUAAAGAGGACAUGGAAACUAAACAGAAAGAUGCCAUUAAUCAGUUGAACGCUGCUGUAAAGAAACAGGAAAAGGAUUUAUCAAAAUACAAGGCUGACCUUGAGGAAUCCCUAGAGAAGGCAAGAGGUCUGCAGUCUGCACUAGACAACUCGUACAAGGAGUUGGCUGAGCUCCACAAGGCGCAGGCCACAAAGUCUACUAAGGUACAGGAGGAAAAGUUGAGUCAAGAGAUGGCUGCUAAAGAAGAAAUACGAUUUGCAAUGGAGAAACAACAGCUUGUUGCUAGAAAACAACAGGAAGGCUUAGUCAUGCAGGUUGAAGAUCUACAGUUAUCUGUGUCACGUAUGGAGAAAGAACAUUCAAGAAGAGAGAAUAGACUGCGCCAGGAGAUAUCUGACCUCCAGCAGCGUCUACAGGAGGGUGAGGUGAGGAACCAGGAGUUGACACAGAGUGUUUCUGGGGCCUCGCGUCCUCUCUUGCGACAAAUUGAGAACCUGCAAGCCACAUACUCUGCACAGACAGUCUCAUAUGAACGAAUUGAGAAGAAUUUGACUGAAAGAUUAGCUGAAGUGCAGGGUCAGCUAGCUACUGCAACUGAGAAGGAACGUAUGUCCAGUGAGAAAGCCAUGGAAUUGUCCACUAAACUAACUUCCCUGGAGUCUCAGGUCAGACUGCUUAGACAGGAGAAGUCCAGACUGACAGCUGAGAAAGACAUGCUUAGUGCCCGCAUAGAAGUACUGGAGGAUGCAAAGAAUAAUGAGAGUGCCCAGCUAGAAGCAUUGAAACACUCACUGAACCAUGACCUCCAAGAAUUGAAGAAGGAGAAGAUUCUGCUGGAGAACCAGCUUGAGAUGGAAAAGAUAAGAACCGAGGCUGAGAAAAAGAAGCUUCUCCUGGCACAUGAGUCAAUGAGAGAAAAGGACCUACAAGCCAUGAAGGCUAGCAGUACACCUCCCAGUCGUAGCCCUAGACAGAGUCACUCUAGACAGAGCAGUGUCACGAGUGAGAAUGCUAUAAUGCCACUUUCUCAGGAGGAAGUGUUAGAGCGUACUUUGAUGCUGGCAUCAAGUAAUGGCAACAAGGCCAGUCUCUAUGAUAGCUUGCGUCAGACUGGUGCUGCCACCAUUAUGGAGAAUCUAGAAUCACAGCUAAAACUGCGGGAAGGAGAGAUUCUACAAUUACAGAGUGAAAUUGGGAGUCUGGAGAGGACCAGGGAGUCAAUGGCCCGUGAACUAGUCAACUUAUCUACCCACAAUGAUGAACUUCAGGAAAAACUUGAUGUUUUAGAGGAUAUCAGGGAGAAAUAUACUGAGCUAGAUGGUCGCUACAACGCAAUGCUACUGAUGUAUGGAGAGAAGGAAGAACAAGUUCAAGAACUCAGGCUGGAUCUGGCAGAUGUGAAAGAAAUGUACAAAACACAGAUUGACCAGCUGUUAAGGACUCAGUGAACAAUCUCUCAACAUCCCAGAAUAUAAGGGGGACCACCAGCUUAGAUACACACACAUACAUAUAUAUAGAGAGAGAGAAUUAAACUGCUGCUAAUGGUGCAUUCUCUUAUUUGCUGUCUUCUUGCCUGGAACUAUCACGCAAUAUCAACUGCUCCAUCUAAUUCGUUAUAUUGAGAUGGAUUUAUAUUGUAGACAAGUUACAGACCAGGGGAUUGUAAACGCUAACCAAUGUGCAAUUCAGAUUAAACAUUCACUUUUCAAUGGAAAGGUAAAUCACAUAAGGGGAAAUUCAAUUGACCUCAAGUUAAAGGUAGUGUCAGAUCUAGCGAGCAAACGAAACAAAAACUGUUUUAAUUCUACUUUAUUUGAGGAAAACUAAAGAUUUUUAAUACCUGUUUUUAUUUUAUAAAUGUGGUCACAACAUUUAUUAAUCAGUAAACAUUUUCACACAUUUUUGGCAAGUUGAGCUGUUUGGAUCGUAUAUAAUUUCACCAAUGGAUAACAUACAAGCUGUGAACCUUUUUUUUAUUAAAAUAAAGAAUACAUUGGUAGGUCAAUUGUACAUGUUGCUUGCAAUUUGUCACCACCCAGAUCUAAUUCUGCCUUUAA